GAAGCCGGCGCGCACCCGUCUCUCCCGUCUGGCCACUACAGGCAGUCGGCCAACAUGGCAGAUCAGGCGCCUAGUAAAUCUGAUAUAACGGCGAUUUUUAAGCGUCUCCGGUCCAUACCAGCGAACAAGGUGUGCUUUGAUUGUGGAGCCAAGAACCCGACAUGGGCCAGUGUCACGUAUGGCGUGUUCAUCUGCAUGGACUGCUCAGCAGUCCACCGGUCCCUGGGCGUGCACUUGUCCUUCGUGCGGUCCACCCAGCUAGACACCAACUGGACCUGGAUGCAACUUCGUGCCAUGCAAGUGGGCGGCAAUGCCAGUGCGGUGUCGUUUUUCCAGCAGCAUAGCUGUACAAGCACAGAUGCACAACAGAAGUACAACAGCCGAGCUGCGCAGCUGUAUCGGGAAAAGAUACACCAGCAGUCUGCCACAGCGAUGCGCGUUUAUGGCACCAGUCCUCUGAUGGAUCAUCAUGAGCACGCACCAGAAAGUCCGGACUCCAAGGAGGAGCACGACUUUUUCCGAGAGCACGAAGAAGCCCUAGCUGCCCGGGCGAGCAGUGCCGAGCAGCAGACGUGCGAGCCGGGUGCCCUGUUCAAGCCACCUCCGACCGAGCCAAUCCAGGUGACUGCCUCCUUGGCUGGAACUGCUCUUGCUGGCUCCUCGUCGGCACCAUCGUCGUCUUCAACUCGAAAGGCCCAGCGGAAGCCAGGAAAGGGCCUCGGAGCGCAGAAGGUCAGUGCCAACUUCCAGGACAUUGAACGCGAAGCACAGAAGGCAGAUGAGAUUCGUGCGGCGAGUGCGAGCCAAGCUAGUGCCAGUCAGGCGGCUUCGGCUGUGGAUGCAGAAGAGGCGGCAAGGCAGCUUGCCUCGAUGCGGUUGGCUUACAAAGACAUGGACAAGGACAUGCGCAACAAGCAGGUUGACCCUCGCAAGGCACAGCAGAUGGAGCGACUAGGCAUGGGUCUAGGCGGUGGCGGCCGCACCGCAGUUUCCCACUCGGCUCUGGCAGACAUGCGCACCAUCACACAGGAGACUCCCCAGACCGCUGGCGGAGACCGGCCGAGCCACGACUUCCUCGGCGGCGCCGGCUUCUUUUCUUCGGGUGGCUCGCGAGGCAGCGGCUACGGCAGCAGCGCGGGCGACAGCCUGUACUACGAUGGGCCACCCUCGCAGCCGACCUCGUCGUUUUCCUCUUGGGAGAACGUCACCACUUCUCCAGACAGAGAUGAAAGUUCCGGCCGCAGUCGGCAUGUGAUUCAACAAGGGCCGGCGACCGACGAAGCCCGCAAGAAGUUUGGCAACGCAAAGGCAAUCUCAUCUGACCAGUUUUUCCACGGCUCUGCAGACUCCGAUUUUGAGAAGAGGGCCCAGCUAGCUCGUUUCGAAGGCUCGUCGUCCAUCUCGAGCGCCGACUACUUUGGCGGCGGACCGGGUUCGAGCAAUGCGUCCCACUCAAGCACCAGCCUGUCCGGACCCAACCUGUACGAGAUCCGAGAAGGAGUCCGAGACGGAGUCACCAAGGUAGCCUCGCGGCUUUCCUCGCUCGCAAACGGCGUCAUGAGCUCUCUGCAGGAAUUCAGGCAAGAUGGCAGGUACGCUAGGCUCAAUCGACCAAACGAACAGGCUGGAUUCAGAAAAGGGUAUUCUACGAUGGAUGAUAUCCAUGCCUUCGAACAGAGAAAGUGAACCGUGCUCACGGAUCGUUACGGUUAUUAAAGAGAAGAGGCCUUUGGGACUGUACUUUCUUUUUUUUUUUCCCGAUGAAGUUUCUCCGGUGAUCACCACCGAAUUUCCUGGUGAUGCUUCUCUUGGAGCUGCCCUGGGCGAAGGCCAUUUGAUGAAAGUGCAAAUAAACUUGCCGUUUGUAGGUUUGUAA